AUGUAUUCGAAAUUAUUUAUCACUAAAGCACCAGGAUGGGAAGACUCAUACGUCGUGAUCACAUUCGAGGCUGACAAAUACGGUAAUGGCAUCCAUAUAUGGGAAGUGGAUGAAUCUGAUCUACGGAGAUAUAGCAAAUGGGCAAAUACGUCGCAGAUAGUCUAUGGCCCUCUGAUCUUCAUCACCAAACUAUCAAUCCUUCUACUUUACUUACGCGUAUUUGCUCCCUCCUUCAGAAGCAAGACCUUCUUCUGCAUCCAUGCGCUUAUCUGGCUCAACUUCGGGUUCUACUUUGCAGACACGAUCGUGAAGAUCUUCGAAUGCUCGCCUCGAGCAAAGAUCUGGGAUAAGACACUCAAAGGGCACUGUAUCAAUAUCAAUAUCCCUAUCAUUGUGACUUCCUCAAUCAAUGUGGCGUCGGACUUCCUGAUACUGGUUCUGCCUAUUGUGAGUGUGUGGCGCUUGCAAAUGAGAGACUCCAAGAAAUUGGGCACAUCCAUGAUCUUCGCUGCUGGCAUCUUCGCUUGCAUGUGCAGUAUCAUGCGCCUUGUGGUCAGUGUGCAGAACAGAACCGUCGAGGACAAGACCUACGACUGGUUCCCCGAGUUUUUAUGGACCUAUUCGUCCCGAUCAGCGAAGAGAGCGAUAGAAGUAAUCAGUUGGCCCACCAGCUGGUCCGUACGUCAAAAGAAACAAUCGAGCGGCGGCCAUAGCAUGACCGAGCUCUGCCAGAGCACCAACUGCGAGCUGGACGAUAUUGAGCAACAGCCCGAGGAGCACACAGGACGUAUUUUCUCAGGGGCCAGUUACACGACUGCCGGCGCCCAGGUGGGUAUACUUGAACUUCCAAACGUGGCGUCGGGCAGUUAUACAUUCGAAAGUCGAGGCGCUGGACUUGGACCAAAUUAUCGUUCGGGGAUUCUAAAGACAGUUGAGGUAGAUGUUGCAUCUCAGCGAGGAUGA